UCAAUCAUCCCCCUCCUCGGUCUCCUCCUUACGCGCGCCCGCCUUCAGCCGCCGCCGCCGCCGCCGCCCCGAAAACCUCACCAGCUCUCCCUCUCCCUCAGCCACCCCCUCCGCUAGCCGCCGUGUCCCCCGUCCACCCGGGAGUCCGGGAUCCGCCUCACCGUCGUCUCAGCGCCCGCCGCCGGUUUGCACCCACCAGAUCCCCUCCUCCCACGCCGCAGGCCACGUCCACCGCACCCUCGUCGCCGUCCACGACCGUCCAGGAAGAUCGCCAUCGCAGCAGCGACCAACCCUCUGUCAAAUACGACCGCGCCACUCCGCCCACGCCUCCGUCAGCGCCGCCGUCAAUCCCGCCGACGAGUUCCUUUCUUCAGCAGAUUCGUCCACUUUGAGAAUUCAUUCGUAACAGUCACAAAGCUCUUGCUGCUUGCCUUUUCAUUCCUACGUUGGUGAGGAUCUUCAUAUAGAGAGGCCUGUUUUCCUGCACAAGUAGCAUAUGGCGAGGAUAAAGCCAAAGCAAUUGCUAAUUCAAAGCAAGACAAAGAAGUCCCCAACACGAAUCAGUUACUCUACUAUCGUCACAUGGAACCUAAUUGUUGUCUUAGUUGUGCUCUCCCUCUAUGCUACCUAUAGUCAUUGGCACCACAGGCCAAUCCUCGAGACAGAAAUGGAUCUCCUUCGGACUGAGCAUGUUGGGAGAUCUGAGGAUUCCACAAAGACAAGUAGACCAAGCUAUGCGAUUAUUGAUACUGCCAAAGGCUCAAUUACUAUAGAAAUUUUCAAAGAGGCUUCUGCUGAUGUUGUGGAUAGAUUUGUUAGCUUGUGCAAGAGUAACCAUUUUAAAGGAAUACCGUUUCGUCGUGUCAUCAAGAACUUUGUAAUUCAAGGGGGUGAUUUUGAUUUUAACGGAGCUGCACAGGAAUGGAUACUGAAAGCCAAAGCUAAUGGUGAAAAUGCUCUCAGUCCAAAGCACGAGGCUUUCAUGAUCGGGACUACAAACAAUCCUAAUAAUAAAGGAUUUGAUAUUUUUAUCACAACUGCUCCAAUUCCUAACUUGAAUGAUAAGCUUGUUGUAUUUGGGCGAGUUAUCAAAGGAGAAGAUGUUGUUCAGGAGAUUGAAGAAGUUGAUACUGAUGAGCAUUACCAGCCAAAAACCCCUAUAGGCAUACUCAAUAUCAUGCUAAAACGGGAGCUUUGAGCUGAUUGCUUAUUGUCCUUGCUUGAAAAUGAUCAAUCUGUACUCUUAAGAAGGGUCCAUACAUCGCCUCAAAUUGCUCCUGUGAUUGAUUACAUGCUGAUGUGAUGGCUUCCUCCAGAAGCCCAUGGGUUGCAAAGAACUCUCUAGGAUCUUGCCUGGUAGCUAUAAGCUUCUUCCAAUUCAUGCAGUAGUUGUGUAUAAAUUUAUGCCCUGGUGUCAUUGGACUGUCAGUUUUUUCAGGCAUUACAGUGUAUUUUGAUGCUUGGUGGUUUCGCUGUAAAUUUGAAGCACAUUUCGAUCAUGAAUAGUAGAAUUCGGAAUUCCUAGCUAGUCAUGAGAAAAGACACGAAUGUUGUGAAAUCUUUGAUGAUGUUCGAUGUGCAGAGCUGAUGAGUGGAGCCUCGGUUUCAAAGAUUUAGGGUUGUUAA